AUGGGCUCACCGGUCUCCGGUUUGGUGGCAGAACUGGUCCUACAGGAGUUGGAAAAGAUUGCCUUCCUCCAACAUGAACCGGUAUUUUGGCGACGUUACGUUGACGACACGUUCGUCAUCGUAAAGAAGGACAUGCUGCAACAUUUUCACAGCCUGCUCAACGCAGUCGUCCCGGAUAUAAAAUUCACGAGAGAAGAAGAACAGGAGCAGCAGUUGCCCUUCCUGGAUGUGCUCGUCUGA